AUGUGUGAGGCACUAUGGGCGAUGGCUAGACAAUCUCUUUCAGCACGUUUUUUCUUUGGUCAAUCUCAAGAAAUAGAAGUUGAUCCAAGCAAAGUAGAGACAAUUCUGAAUUGGCAAGGCAAGGUGAUCGUAUAUAUGUCAAGGAGAUGGCUUGAGUUAGUGAAGGACUAUGGCUGCGAAAUCCAUUAUCAACUAGGCAAGGCAAAUGUGGAAGUAGAUGCCUUUAGUAGGAAGAUGAUGGGUCAAGUGGGGAUGUUGACCACACAAAGUCCUUUAUGGAAGGAGUUCAAGCGAUUAAAUCUUGAGUUUGUCACGGCUCCACUUAAUGUUAAGGACUUCACAAUAACUAAAGAUGAGGCAUUGUGCCAUCACGGACGACUAUGUGUACUGGACUUCAAGAUGUUGAAAAAUGAAUUAUUGAAGAAGGCUCACUUUGCUCCAUAUUCGAUGCAUCUAGAAAGUACAAAUAUACCGAGAUCUAAAAAUGGUGUUUUGGUGGAGAGGAAUAAAGAAGGACAUAGCAUUGUAUGA